GCCAGUUAUUCUCUAGUAGUACUGGAAAUUUAAAACCAACACUUUCCUUAGGUACAUCAACUUUAAAACCAGCCCUUUCUCUCAACUCUACGUCUUUUACUUCACCUCUACAUACAGGAUCAAGUAGUAUAUUUGGCAAUACCAGUAUCUCUCAACCAGCUCUUGGAGGUAGCUUUGGUUUAGGAACACCACAAAUAGGAACAGCUACACCUGGUGUUGGAGCUAGUCCUUUUACUCUAUCAUCCAGUACCAAUCAACCUUUUACACUGGAUAAACCUCCUUCAGGACCGGGUGGAAAACGAAAUAAACGAUGA